AAGUCUGCGAGCCAGCCAACUCUGUUUUUGAUGGCAAUCUUUUGUUCUUGUCUUCUAAGAGAAUUAUUACUUUACGAGCAGCCGAGCAAGCUGGAGAGUUGCAGCUAUUUCUUCAUCUGCAGUAGAACAGCAGACAAACCGUCAAGCUGACAAACAAGACUGGACUGACUCUUCAAUCAUAUAGUGUAGUGUACUGGCAACGGCUACAGUUAGCGGAGAAAUAGAAAGCCUCCCCGUCUCUGGGAGAAUAUCUUCAAGACUGAUUUCUAAAGAAAACUUACUUUCCUCUUAAUGGGAAAGUCAGAUCGUAUCAAAUUUCUUAAGUGCCUGGCGAUACAGUUGCCUGGGGUCCUGAGGCUGAUCAAGCUGGCAUGUUUUAAGUGCGUUUGACAACAAAAAAAAUGAAGCUUGCAGUGCUGGACCUGGGAACCAUAUUUGCAAAUAUUUUCAAGACUUCCGCUUCUCCUGUAAUCCCGCCAGCUGGUUCCUCAAAUAGUGGACAGUCAGCAACACCUCAUGGACCAUCGGCGAUAUCGGUAUCUUCAUCUUUGUCCGGUGUCUCAGGGAAAGCCUCUGGACUUUCUGGAAGUGGCUCUGCUCCGGGCAGCCCUGUCACUGUUAAAAACAGCAGCGCCUCUUUUCCAGCGUCAGCUUCUGUGCCCAAGUCAGCUGGCCUGAGUGUAGGGACUGCAAGUCAGAUAGCAGUCCGGGCAGCUCCGAGCUCCGGCCUGGCCAGUUUAAAUGCAGUGAAAACCAUGCCAUCUCCGACCGGAUCAAACAACAGUAUCAUUUCUGGCACGGGAAGGUCCCCGGUAUACUCGGUUGAGGAUAGCGUUACGUGGAAACUGUCCAACAAGCAACAUCCCUUCACUUUGCCCAACAUCGGCGAGGAGGGAGUCACCGAUACAGAUUCAGCAGAAAGUAGCAGUGAAAAAAAGGGAAUAUCAAAAGGAGAUGACAGUCGUCGCUUUGUUGAGAAAACCAGUGAUUCGCUUCCAGCUAAUUUUACAAAACAUGUUCAAGGAGCAAUUCAGAGUUACAACAGUAAUGUAUCCAUUGUAUCUGAAUCACUAAGUGGGCAGACCACACCAAUAGACCUUAAUCAUUCCUGGUCUGCUAUCCAGAGUUAUACAACCAGCCUGUCUACAGAGCGCAGUUCAGUCUACUCCUGGAGAGAUGAUGAAUUUGACAAAGCAAACACACGAACAGUGCACCAGUUGUUCUGGGAAAUCGAUGAGAUGCUAUUUGAGGGAAAGGUUAGCAGUCGUACUGAAAGCAUUCAAACAGAGUGUCAGGAAUGGACAGAACGUUCACCCCAGCUCAGGAUUUUGGGAACUCAGCUGUUGCUGCCGAAAGACGAAGGUUUUCAACAUUUCCAGAGCGGAGAAAGCAGCUCCAUAGCAACUCGGAAAUUAUCUAGUUUCUGUGAUAGCACUGGCAAUAUGAAAGAGUUGAGCCUGUCAGGCCUACGCCUGCUUCCUGUGCAGUCUCCUUAUCACAAUGGCUUGGAAUCAAACUCCACUUUGAGUUCCCUCGACUCAGACUCCUCCGUUUUCUCAUUCCUCGAGGAAGAGAUCUUUGAUGUGGAUGGAAAGAUUGAAGAGUAUUUUGCAUAUGAUGGUAAAGAAUGUUUUAGUGAUGAUGAGAGUUUGGAACAAAAGAACGUUCAACUUGCACGAAGGAGAAAUAAACGAGGCAUUCCGCCCAUUUCUCCCAAUGCCUGUAUUAAAGAUGCUGCCUCAGCAGAGAUAUUUGAUGACAUCUGGCGGGAUGUGAUUGAAAUGACGGAAGAGUUAAUCAGGAAACAGUGGGAAAAUACCCUUUCAGACCGCGAUAAGCAGACAGUGAACAUGCAGAAUGCAAUAAUGAACAAACUCCCUCGGAUCAAUGAUUCCCGAAUCAUCGUAACAAACUAUGGUAUUCCACCUUCCCGAGGCUCUGAGACACGUGUCUUGGCAUUGGGUACAUCCUUCAUCCACUCUCAGGCUUAUCGUAUGACAAAUGCUUAUCGUAAUGACUUAAAUGGAGUGAUGACAAUUCAAGCCAAGCCACUUCAGCAGAGACAUGCAGGAUUACCUGAUAAAACUCAGUUUGACCAGAAUGAGAAGCAGUUCAGCACAGGCUCCAGUAUUUUGUCCACAAUACGUAAUCGCCUGGGACGGAGUACAGAUUAUAGUGUUCUAUCUGCAUCCCGUAUCAUGCAGGUAUCUUCACGAAAGACAGGUUCACAACGUAAGCUGCCAUCCCUCAGCUCAGAGCUAUUGAAGGCAAAGGCUGCAAAUGUCUACAGUGAUGAAAUUCUUCGAGGAACUAAACUUGCAAACACUUUUUCGACUUACAAGAGUAGUCAGUAUGUUGAAAGCACUGCUAAAGUCUCCAGUGGAGUAAGGCACCAAUCAUAUCAACAUUUAACACUUAAGAGGUACAUUGGCACUGAUCGGCCAUCCUCACCCCCAGUACACACUACUCGUAUUAACCAAUUACCACCUAUUCAUACAGAAUCAACAGAAGUACAACUUCCCUUACCUGGGUCAAGAUAUCAACUGAGGGGAAGAUUCUCACAUAGCAGAGUGUCAAGUGCCACUGGGGAAGGAACAGGCCGACGAACUCUCAGGGAACGACUGAUCACAAUAGACACUUCUUCACGGCCAAAUACUACACAUACGUUUCGGUCUGAUACACCGUUCAAACGGUCUUUCACACCAAUGGACUAUACUAGCCAUACUCGGACACGGAGAGCUUCCUUUACAGAUCAUGCUGGAAUUGGUGUGACUGGGAUCAGCCUGGGAAUUUCUGCCUCCAGCUCUAAUUAUCCAACAGAUUUUGCGCAUCAGCAUCAUCACCAGUUAAACCAGCCACCCAUUGAAGGCGAUGAGGACGAGUAUCGAACAACAUGGGGCCCACAAGCACAUUUCCAAUCCAAACCUUUCAAUCGUCUUCCUACAAACUCCAGAAGACGACCCCAAGUGGUUUCAUAGGUAAAGUCAGUUGAAUCGCUGCAGUGUGGAAAGCUGAAGCAUUAAUGAAGAUGGUUUGCUUACAUCAGGUCACAAACAGGACUAGCUUCAUUAGAAGAAACCAUGAAGUGAUGAAAGACUCACCAUGAAGCAUCAUUCACUUAAUUCUGUUGCGGUGAUCGAUGGUGUACAGUGUUGUCAGCUGUCUUCCUACUAAUUAGUACUGAUUAAACUAUGCAAAAAUGUACCAAUUUAUAGGUACAUACAAGAAUAUUUGUCAAGGCAGCUUGCAGUGGAAAGCAACAUUUCCUGCUAUUGUAACUAUUGACGUGACACUUUUAUUCUGUUGCCCUUAAUUGUUCAUUACUCCAACAUGCUAGUUAUACCUCAGUAACCUACUGACAGGCAGCUACUACAAGUAUAUUCUUUUGCUAAUUAAGAAACUGGACAGCUUUAAUAACUCCAAUCUGUACUGUGAGAGUAUUCUUGUUGAAUUUAAUGUGAGCAAGGCACAGUGAAAUAAUCAGUUUGCAGACAGGCCAUAGAAAUGCAUUUUAUUUCUUUGUAGUUGUGUGCUUCUUUGUAGAUUGUCAGUAUUUGUCUGAAAUGAACAUCUGUGGCUAGGGGUGGCAUGGCGGCUCAGCGGUUAGCACUGCUGCCUCACGGCACCAGGGACCCAGGCUAAAUUCCAACCUCGGACAACUGUCUAUAUGGAGUUUGCAUGUUCUCCCUGUGUCUGUGUGGGUUUCUUCCCACAGUCCAAAGAUUUGCAAGUUAAGUGAUUUGGCCGUGGAAAUCACGCAUAGUGCUCGGUAUGUGCAGACCGGUUGUAUUAGCCGUGGGAAAUGCAGGUUUAAGGCUGUAUGGAUGCUCUUUGGUGGGUCAGUGUGGACUCAAUGGGCUUAAUGGCCUGCUUCCACGUUGGGGAUUCUAUGGUAUGCUUGUCAUCUCUUUACACUUUCAUAAGGGUGUAACAAACUUGUUUUAUUUUCCUAUUUAUGUUAUUUAUAAUGCAAAAUUGCAUUUCACAAUCAUGUUGAACACACCAGUUCAUAUAUGGUAUGCUGUAUUCAAGUAAUCUAUGCAGUGACAUGAUUAGAGCUCAGAAGCACGAGAUGCAGAAAUUUUCUCUCUCUAAUGUAUUCAGGUGUUAUGACAUUAUGCAUCUAAUACUCCAAACCUAAUUCACUAUGUCAAAUCUUGCUGGUGUGGGCAUCUUGUGUCAUUGAAUUUUUUUGCAUUUAAUUUGCACCAUAACUUUCUGGACACGUGAGCUGAUAACUUCCUGGUGAAGGUAACAAUGCAUCAAAUCUGAGUGAAUGACAAGGCUGAAGGUAUAAUCCCUUUACCAAUGUGAUUCGGGUUGAGAACUGUACAAGAGAGACUUAAUCAUUGUCAUAUUCAAGUAUAGAAAGAAAAAACAAAAUACUAAAAGGAUAAGUACUAUUUUUUCACCUUUCAUCUAAUAUUGCUUGCAGUAACAAGGCUGAACAAUAUAUAUUGGCUCUUUUUGGAGUUGGACAGAUUCAUUGACAUUGCAUUAACAAUACAGCAAUCGUAUAAGUCAAAAUGUACUUAUACUAUUGAGUAUGAAUCCUUGUUCAAUGUUAAGUUUAAUGGUUAGUUUAUUUACACAGCCAGUAAAUUAACUAUAAUCCAGAGAAGCUAAGGACAAGAUACCAUUUAUGUAAACCAAUGGCAGGACAGCACAUAUCAAAACAAAAUCAGGAAAAUCAUAAUUCUUGGCAUGUCUCUUAGUUCCCUGAAUUUGCUGGCUGAUUUGUGCAUUAAUAACAGUAUGCAUUACGAACACAUUGUUCUUUUACCAGAAAGUAUUGGUCCAUUAUUUUGUAAAGUAAAUGUUUUUACAUAUGUAAAGGUAUGUUUUGAUUGUAUUUUAAUGCAUGAAUUUGCCAAAUCUUUUAUGUUGCUGAGAAGUGUGUGUAUUAAAUACAUUAUAGCAUAAAAUAUACUGUUUGUGAAAUAGGUGGAAUAAUACUUAAUUAAUUUGUAUGACAUUUUUCUGCAUGCCAUUUUAACUGAGGCAUUUACUUCUAAAUAAAUGGAUUCAUACCUGUUCUAGAAGAGCAUCCUCAUAUACAGAAAUUCAGUUGUCGCCUAUUUUCACAGUAGAUUCUAAAUUAAAACUGCUUGAAAUCUUAAGGAGUUU